AUGGGGGAACCAGAACCCACCCACGCGCGUCAGAAAAAUGUCUUUGUCCUAUGCUUCGAUGGUACUGGGAACAAGUUCAGUGGUACCGAGACGGAUAGUAAUAUCCUCAAACUGUACCGAAUGCUCGAUCGCACCGAUGUUAGCAUGUACACCUUUUACCAACCAGGCAUUGGGACGUACAUCACCUCUCAUUCGAUGCAAACAACUUCCACCCUGGGGAAAAUUCGAUCUUGGUACACAAAAGCCAAAGACUCGGCUGUCGGCUCGUCAUUCGCCGAUCAUGUCAUGGGUGGUUACAAAUUCCUGAUGCGAUAUUACAGUUGUGAAGAUGACUUGUACUUCUUUGGUUUCAGCCGCGGAGCGUAUACGGCUCGUUUCCUUGCCGAAAUGCUCGACCAUAUAGGUUUGCUCAGUGCUGGGAACGAAGAGUUGAUCAGAUUUGCUUGGAAAACCUACGCCAAAUGGGCCGCUAGAACCAAUGAUGGCAGUGACGGAGCGAAACGCAAGGAGGUCGAGCAAUAUGAGUUCAUGCGUGGUUUCAGAGAAACAUUUAGCAGACCAGUCCGACGAAUUCGUUUCCUGGGACUUUUUGAUACCGUCAAUUCAGUCCCAAGAUUUGAAUCAGCUUGGAUGCAGCGAAGCAAAUUUCCUUACACUGCACGUUCAUCUGCUAAAGUCAUAAGACAUGCGGUAUCAAUCGAUGAGCGACGAGCCAAAUUUCGACAGGACCUCAUCAAUGGCUCUCAACCUCAACGAGAAGACAAUGCGAAUGAAAGCUUGCACAUCCAUCGAUAUAACUCCGACCUUGCUCAGAUGUCGAAAAACUUGGAAUUGAACGGUGUUCACCACCACUCUUCAACACAUAAUGCUGCUGCACCGAGAGUCGAGAUAUCAAAUUCGGACCGCCCCGGCCAGUUGUCGGUGCCAACCCCGAUGAUCGGGGAGAAAAGCUCUUCUGAAAGUCUAGCCGCGCCAAUACAUCCCCCUGGCAUGGAGCAUCUUUGUGCCAAGGGCCAUAAACACCGUCGACGCCAAUGGUCUGAGAUGAAACGCACACAAGAUAUCCAGGAGGUUUGGUUCGCUGGCGGUCAUGGUGACAUCGGCGGAGGGUGGACAAGAAGCGAUGGUGAACAUUGGAUGCUCAGUCAUGCACCCCUCGUGUGGAUGGUACAUGAAGCUGAAAGGGCAGGCUUGAAGUUUGACCCCGCUAAAAUGGCACGUCUUUCCUGUCUUCCCGACGGAGUCAAUGAAUUUGGUGAUCCGCUUGAGGAUGCCGAAUUCCGCAAUAUGUGGUACCAGACCUUGGAAGAGUGUUAUGUCGCCAGCGUAGUUCAUGACUGCUUAACCCCGGGAGGUGGUCUUCCAUGGACCACCGUGGCAUUCUGGAAAAUGAUGGAAUAUCUGCCGUUUCGAAGAAUGGACUUACAAAAGAAUGGUACCUGGAAAGCUAUUCGUUGGCCCCUCCCAAUGGGAGAGACUCGAGACAUUCCUGCGGAUGCACAAAUUCACAAUUCCGUUAUCAAGCGCAUGCAGCACGAUCCAAAGUAUCGACCCGGGAACCUGAUUAUUGGUGGAGGUGGUCGAGGAAAUCCGCAGAGCACCGGAAAAGUAUGGAAUUGGUGA